GGGGGAAAGGAACUUGGAAGGAUCUUGGUAGAAGUAAGAACUACCCCAUUCUGAAUGAACUGACUCUGUUCUUUUCUGUUUUCUCAAACCCUAAUCUGCAAGGCGGUUCUUUUUCCUGUUCUUCUUCUUCUCUCAGCACUCUAUAUAUCUGUCUAGGCGCAAAAGAGCAACCAAAGCUACAUCGUUCUUCUCUGCAUAAUCUCUCCUUUUUCAGAUGUGACUCAACCUAUUCCCUCCAUUCUAUCUCCUCUUCCAGAAAAUAUAUUUGUGUAUGGCGAGAACCCGAAUCAACCAAAUCCAAAAGCGAUAUCCAAACCCUAAUUCUUCCAACUCCCUUUCAAACACCAGCCCUACUUCAAUCUCUCUCUUUCUGCACCCUCCAAAUCUUUUCUCCACAUGGCCACGGACGCCUCUCCCAAAUUCCAUCAAAAUUCCGACUUUCGCACGGUCCCUCAACCCCCCGAUUUCCACCCUGAGGUAACUGUUGCUUCCCACGACGGCCUUGAAUUCUGGCAGUUCAUGAUCGCAGGCUCCAUCGCUGGUUGCGUCGAACACAUGGCGAUGUUCCCUGUCGAUACCCUCAAAACCCGUAUGCAGGCUCUCGGCUCCUGCCCUGCUCGGUCCGUCAGCCUCCGGCAAGCCCUUAGAUCAGUUUUGCAACAUGAGGGCGCCAUAGGUCUCUACCGUGGGAUUGGAGCCAUGGCUCUCGGUGCCGCUCCCGCCCACGCAGUCUAUUUUUCUAUCUACGAGGUUUGCAAGGAGUUUUUCUCAGGUGGGAAUCCGAACAAUUCGGCUGCCCACGCCGUUUCGGGAGUUUUUGCCACUAUUGCUAGUGAUGCUGUAUUAACGCCCAUGGAUAUGGUGAAGCAGAGAUUACAAUUGCGGAGUAGUCCUUACAAAGGUGUGAUGGACUGCGUUAAGAGGGUAUUGACGGAAGAGGGAUUUGGAGCUUUUUACGCCUCUUAUCGGACUACUAUCUUGAUGAAUGCCCCGUAUACGGCUGUUCACUUCGCAACAUACGAGGCCGUGAAGAGGGGGUUGAUGGAGAUAUCACCGGAGAGUGCGAGUGAUGAGCGGUUGGUAGUCCAUGCCACGGCUGGGGCCGCUGCAGGGGCUUUGGCUGCUGCUAUAACAACGCCGCUGGAUGUUGUUAAGACCCAAUUGCAGUGCCAGGGCGUAUGUGGAUGUGAUAGAUUUGCCAACGCUUCUAUUGCGGGUGUCAUACGAACCAUAGUGAGAAAGGAUGGAUAUACUGGACUAAUGAGAGGUUGGAUGCCUAGGAUGUUGUUCCAUGCUCCUGCUGCAGCAAUCUGCUGGUCUACUUACGAAGCAUCAAAAGCAUUCUUCCAAGAACUCAAUGGUGACAGUGGCAAAAGCAAGUGAACAUAAGGGACCAGCAUUUUUUGUGUUGUACUACAGAUACCUCAACCCGGCUGAUGAUAAAGGGAUGCAUUUCACCGCGGCAAUGUCAGAUUGAAACCACAUAUACAUCUCUUAGAAAUGACCAUUAAAAGGUGUUAGUUAAGCAAUCGGAUUGAAUUUGUUUGUACCAUAUAAAUUGGUUGCUUUCAGAUUUAAUAAUGUUAAUGAUCAGUAAAGGUGGUUGAGUUCACCUGUCUGAAUUGGUCAUGCACUAUGGAAUUUUUACUAAUUGUUGCCCAUUUGUAGCAUUUAGUUCAAUGCAAAUUGGUUAGUAUCUGAAAAUUUUAA